UAGAGGUUUUUCUGUUCUACAGCCGACGCGACGCCGUGUUGUGCCCGAAUUCUAUAGCAGUUCGCGUGAUAUUAAAGAGUAUAGGCAUCGGUCUCCUCAAGAUACAGAAAUAGACUUGGUUAUUACGUAAACACGCGCAUUUUCCUUCUUUCAUAGUCCUUAUAGAUCAUAAAAGUUAUUUUCAAUUGAGAUGUUGUGCAAUAUUGAAGUUAUAAGUUAUGAACUUUGAUAUUCAUCGUCAGUGUUUUGGAAGAAUUGUGAACGAUUCAUCUAGCAAACAUUAAUGUGUGUGCUUGCAUUCAAAUUCAUUUUGUCGAAGAAAUCGGAAAAAAGGAACAAAAUGAGGUACAAUUGGUUAUCUUUAAAUGGAUGAACAGUUGCAAUAAUAGGCUACCAGUAAAGAGUACUUGGAAUUAGUAAUCAAAUUAUUGAACAUAUCUACGUAUAAUGUUCUGGUAGUAAAUCGCAAAGAAAAUUAUAAAGAAGAAGUAUAACGAAUAAACAAAAGUAAAUAUAAAAUAUAAAAUGCCAAAUAUGACGGAUAAUAAGGCUGUUGAAAUUGCUCGUAACGGUCACGAACUUGCGCCAUUAAAUAGUUCACGCACCACAAAUCUUGAAGGGAGAAAGCCUGGUGUUACAAUAGUAUUACAAGGAUCUCGCGGAUCUAUUAUCUCAAGAGGAAGUGCUUCUAAUGAAGUUGAUCCAGACAGGGCGGCAUGGUCUGGAAAAAUGCAAUUUUUCUUGUCCAUUAUUGGAUAUUCGGUUGGUUUGGGAAACAUCUGGCGAUUUCCUUAUCUUUGUCAACAAAAUGGUGGAGGGGCAUUCUUAAUUCCGUUUGUGAUAAUGUUGGUAUUAGAAGGAAUCCCGUUGUUCUUAAUAGAAUUAGGAAUAGGACAAAAAAUGAGAUUGGGUUCUCUAGGCGUUUGGAAUACAAUCCACCCCUGGUUGGGUGGAAUCGGGAUUUCAUCCUGUGUUGUUACCUUCUUCGUUGCACUUUACUAUAACGUAAUAAUAACAUGGUGCUUCUACUACCUUUUCAACAGUUUUCAGUAUCCAUUGCCGUGGAAACAAUGUCCUAACCAAAGUGGCAUUGUAGUACCAGAAUGUGCUAAGUCUUCAGCAACAGCAUAUUUUUGGUAUCGUACAACUUUAGAUGCUUCACGGUCAAUUGAGGAACCAGGAGUCCCUAGAUGGUGGAUAGUACUAUGCUUACUUUUGGCAUGGAUAACUGUGUUCUUUAUAGUUAUGAAAGGAAUUCAAAGUUCAGGAAAGGUUGUGUAUUUUACAUCUUUAUUCCCGUACAUAGUUUUGACAAUUUUUUUUGGAAGAGGUUUAACUCUAAAAGGCGCAAGUGCUGGCCUGGCGCACAUGUAUACACCUAAGGUUGAAAAGCUGCUGGAUCCGACAGUAUGGCUAGAUGCUGCAACGCAAGUUUUUUACUCCUUUGGUUUAGCUUUUGGUUCCAUAAUAGCAUUUGGUUCUUACAAUACUCCCAAAAAUAAUUGCGUUAGAGAUGUUAUCCUUGUAUCUGUUUGCAAUGCUCUUACUGCUAUUUAUGCAAGUGUGGUGAUAUUUGCUAUACUUGGGUUUAAAGCAACAGAAAAUGUAGAAAACUGCAUAAAAAGCAACAUAAAGAAUAUGGAAAUACAUGGCUUACUACCAGAAGGUGCUUCCAUGGAAAUGUAUGAGACGGUUUUCAGUAAAUUUGCAAAAGAAAAUAUAUCAGAGUUAGGCCUAAGAGCAUGUUCAUUGGCUCAAGAGUUGAAUGACGCUGCCGAAGGAACUGGACUGGCAUUUAUUGUUUUUACAGAAGCUAUUGUUAGUCUUCCCGGUUCGCCGUUUUGGGCAGUAAUUUUCUUUAUGAUGUUACUUUCUUUGGGUAUUGGAUCUCAAAUAGGGAUAUUGGAAGGAAUGCUGUGUACUAUUUUUGAUAUUGAAAUAUUUAAGAGAAUUAAAAAGCAGUAUGUUACAGGUGUUGUCUGCCUAAUAUGUUUUGUAAUGGGAUUGUUAUUUACAACUGGUGCUGGAGAAUACUGGCUGAAACUUUUCGAUUCGUUUGCUGGAACGAUCGGUCUAGUUGUAGUUGCCCUGAUGGAAAUGAUUGCAGUGAUAUUUGUGUAUGGUCACGAAAAGUUUACGAAGGAUAUCUAUGAGAUGACUGGAUAUCGUGCAGGAUGGUUUUGGCAAUUCUGCUGGAGAUUUUUGGCACCUGCAAUUAUGGUUAUAAUUCUUGUGUCAUCAAUUGUCUUCAUGAUUAUCAAAAAUCCAACUUACCAAGCAUGGAACCCUGAUCUGGGUAUAACUCAAAAGACUAGUUAUCCAGGAUGGGUGUUGGCAAUUGCAAUAUCUAUGAUUGUGGCAGGUAUUCUUCCUAUUCCACUCGUAUUUUUACUGCGAAGGUAUCAAUGUCUCAAAGUAGAUAUAAAUAUUCAUGAAGGCUCAAUUAGGCGCAUCGACACUACAGUUUCAACGAAGGAGAUGAUGACAGAUGUAGACGAACAGAUCAUGAGCCCAGAUGAUCUCGAUGAUACUACUACUUCCAAUACACUCAAAAAUAAGUUUACAAUAGGAGAUUUUGAAGUGUAAUUAUAUCAGGCUGAAGGAAAAGCAUUAUCGCUGUCUAUAUGGGUCAUAAUCAAUUGUUGUCCAUUUCCGGUUGGACCUCGGAAGCCGGUUGAUACGCCCUCCAAAAUAGCUUGUCGGGUGAUACCAGGGGAUAUUUAAUAUAUACAAUUGUAGCACGAGAUUUGUUAGGAUCAAAAGACUAACGCAAAUAAUCACACCUGUAACAUUUCCUUUACUAAGUCUGAUGUACGUAUACCCAAUUGUAGUUUGUACAAAAAUUUAUUAAAUGUACUCUGGACAAUUUACUUUUUAAUUACCGAACUGGAAACCUCAUAAUUUGAAGCAAAGCGAGCGGUAAGCAUGUACAGGAUUUUUCACGUAACAGUUGCAGGCAAAUAUUUGCGAAGGAAUUUUCAAUAGUCAAAAAUCUCGAAACGUAAUGAUUAGUAUUAUACCAUAGACAGCAGCCACGAAAGCUUAUACUCGUUUAUAUAAUA